CUGUCUCUGCUUCCUCCCAGCUUCUUGUGCCCCUCCUCACUGGAAGAGCAUGAGAGACUGAAAAGUCCUUGACUGAGGUAAGUGCUACUGUGAAGCAACUAAAACAUUGGUGUGUUAUCAGCAUUGUUCCCAGACUAAAGCCACAACGCAACACUGCACCAGCUACUAAGAAGAAGAAAAUUAACUCUAUCCCAGCUGAAACUAGGACGAGGUAUUAAUAUCAGUCCCACAAUGGGAUUGAAGGGGAAAGAAGGAGAGAAAAGAGAUCAUGCUGAUUUUAUAAACCAUUGUAGUCUACUUCAGCAUCCUGUUUAUGAAUUUGCCUUUCUCCUGUCUGUUGAUACAUUUAGUGCUAAAGAGAUGGUAGUCUGUUUGUGAGAUUCCUGAGCUGGUUUUGUAACAUAGUCGUGAUCACAGUGAUUAAUCAGUGUAGGUGCAGUAUUGUGUACUAUACAUGUACAUGCAGCAUGGACGUACUUUUAACCUUACCAGUUUCCUCCUCAGGAAGACUUCAAAUUGCCAGUCUCCCAACUGUAAACAAAAGGAUAUGAGUGCUGUAGCUUCAAAGAAGAUUGCAUACAAAUAUGUGUUAUCUUUCAUAUUAGAUUAAUUCAUUUUAUUAAAUCUCUCUUUUGUGAUUAAAGGGGCAGACUGAGGGAGAAGAAAUGAAAUUAAAUCAAAAUCGCUGUUUUUAUCUGCCACUAAGAACACGCAAAAGUCAUAGAGAAGGUCAAAACCCAUGGAAAUUCUUGUGGUCAUGAUACAACUUACUCCACAAAAAUAAAAAUUAUUAAAUACUGAAAAAUGACCUCCCAGCCUUUAGCACUAUAGUAGAAUAGAGACACUUGAAAAUUGUUUUGUUGUAAAGACCUUUUCUUCAGUUGGAUUUCCCAUUGAAUUUUCACUUAUUUUUCUAUUAAAUCCUCAGUAGACUCACAAUCCCAUUAAAAAUAAUUUAUUUCACAUGUGUUAUUUUUCAUUUUGCUGAGAAAAAACCUCUAAGCCUUGACCCCGUCUUGAAAUAAAAACAUUAUUUUUAGGGCAGGUCAAAUAUUUAUUUAUUUACCUUUUUUUUUUUUGUUUGUUUGUUUGUUUGUUUGUUUGUUUUUUUUAAUCAGGUAACUCCAGAAAAGAGAAGGGGAAAAAAAAAAAAAGUGGCAGUGAUGGAAAAUUGCAUUUCUUUGUCCCUGCUGCAUUUAGGAUGUGGUCGUGCCCCAGGAGCCUAGAGAAUUGCAGUUAUGAUGCGCCUGAGCUCAGGGCCCAACUUUCCAUCUACGUAUAAACAUUCCUCUCACUUCGUCCGAAGCGUGCGCUUCUGGUUUGCAUAAAAAAUAUUUGCAAGAACUCUCCCGAGUAGGAUCAUUUAAGUACGAUUUUGGCCACAGCUAUUUACAAGUUCGGUCUUCGACUGAAGUGAGUAAUUGAAUUACGUUGAGCCUCUGAAGUUUGCCUUUUAUUUAUAUAUUUCCCCCAAUUGUGUGGCUCGGUCUGCCUUUGGCUGUGUUCCCUGCAGCCUACCCAAGGGCUCUGCAGUUACAUAAGGCUCUGUCUGCUGGGAGCCUAUAUAAAGCCUUUUUGCAUGCCAGCAAGAGGCAGAAUUUUAUCAAGAUCCAGGUCCCACUGCUGUAGUUCGCACAAGCAGGAGGAUAUUUGCUUGAAGAUAUACUGAAACCUGAACCCAGGCUGGUCUGUUUGCUAGCCAGUGCUUUACAGCUGUCAGCCUGAGUUGCAAGUAGCAGCUACUUUAAGUGGCUGCUGUGCACUAUGAAGAAUUUUUCAUUUCCUAUGCAGGAUAACAUACAUCAGACCGAGAGUCCUUCUCCUCACAAAUUCCUGAGUUUGACAAACCAGUCAGAUCCUGUUGGAAGACCAGAAAGAGAUGAGCAAUUAGCUCAAGUAGAGAUUGCUGUACUGGGGGUCAUAUUUUUGACAGCGUCUGUGGGCAAUUUUAUUCUCAUACUGGUGCUGUGGCGAAGAAGAAGGAAGAUCUCUAGGAUGUAUGUGUUCAUGCUUCACCUCAGUAUCGCUGACUUGGUGGUAGCCUUUUUUCAAGUGCUGCCUCAACUCAUAUGGGAUAUUACAGAAGUUUUCAUAGGGCCAGAUUUCUUGUGCAGAAGUAUCAAGUAUCUACAAUUACUCGGCAUGUUUGCCUCUACUUAUAUGAUAGUGGUCAUGACAGUGGACAGAUAUCAAGCAGUUUGCUACCCUAUGGUCACUUUCCAAAAGAAGAGAGCUCUCUGGAACAUCCCCAUUUGCACCAGCUGGUCUAUAUCACUGAUUCUUAGCCUACCACAGGUAUUUAUCUUUUCUAAGACUGAAAUAUCUCCAGGUGUCUUUGAAUGUUGGGGUGAGUUUAUUCAGCCAUGGGGCCCAAGGGCAUAUGUGACUUGGAUUUUUGUAGUUAUAUUCUUCGUUCCCUCAGCCAUCCUCAUCACGUGCCAGGUUAAGAUUUGCAGAAAAAUCAAAAGAAAUAUGUAUGUCAAAAACCAGAAUGAAUACGAAGUAACAAAUCAGAAGCAAGUCCUGCCAUCCCGAGCAAGCAGUGUGAACUGUAUUUCAAAGGCUAUGAUCAAGACUGUAAAAAUGACAGUGGUAACAGUUGUUGCAUAUGUUCUCUGUUGGUCACCUUUCUUCAUUGCACAGCUGUGGUCUGUGUGGUUCCCCAGUGUCGUGACAGAAGGUUCAGCAUUCACCAUUAUCAUGCUCCUUGGCAAUUUAAAUAGCUGUACCAACCCCUGGAUUUACAUGUAUUUUUGUGGCCACAUUCCAUAUUGCACAAAUAAGCAGCUGGAGAACAUCUCGGCUCAAGAGGAAUCAGUGAUCACGGGGAGCAUUCAUCUCGUAGACAGAGACCCUGAGGAAAACAGUACUGCUGCAUAAAUGUUGACUGCUUUUUGUGUUUCUGUUUACAUUACAUUUGCUAUGUUCGCAAGACGUAUCAGUGUUUUACCACCAUCCCAUGUUUUGUGGAUAAGGAAACUGGCAGAUUAUUUUUUGUUGUAUAAAUAUGUUUCUCUGCAGUUUUGUAGCAUAUACAGGAAGUUUCUGUGUUGCUCAAGCCUGACUCAAUACUUCCAUCACUACUAUGUUACCAGAGUGAAUUCUUGUAAAGACCGAUAGAGAUAUGUAAAAGUAUCUUAGAUAUUUUUUGUCCUGAAGUACUUUCCCUUCUCUGAUUCUGGGUUUCUAAGUAGUAAAAUUUUACAACUAACUGGUCCAACAAAUUAAAACAUAAUUGGAAAAGAAUCUGACGUAUUUAGACUUGAACAUGUUUUCCAAUUGAACCAUGAAUUCUUCAUCAUUCUCCUGUGACUGGGGAACAGUCUGGUAAAUCUUGAGAAGGCAGCAGAAAGCCAGGAAAAUCCUUUGCCAGCUAUUAUCAAUACCUGCUUUAAAUUAACUCCUUAUGUACACUUAUAAAAUGCCAAGCAGCAUAAUGGAAUUAAAAAAAAAGAGGGAAUUUGAUAUUGUUAUGACAAUGAAUACCUACUUCAGUUUCAAAUGCCAUUGUGGAUCACGGGUAUCAUCAGCAGAGUAGCAGUCCAGGUUUGUGGCUUUACACUAUGGCAUUUGAUCUUCCAUAUAUUUCCUGAUGUGCAAGCAGUUAAGUGACUCCCACUUCCCUCAGUACACACAUGUAUACAUAGUUAAACAACAAUGGGCUUUAGGAAUGUACACUUUCAUUUGGUAUUCAGACCUUUUUGUCUUGGCAUGCAUUUUAUUGACAGAGUGUGCUUAGAACCCCUUCAGACUCAAAUUCAAUUACUUUCCCUUCAUGAUAAAAAUAAAUCUGCAUAUUUUUAUUUCAGAAUGCCGUUUGCUUGCUAGUUUGUGGGUGUUUUAUGCAGGUAGCUAUUUAUUCUCCUUUCAGUGCUUGCAAUCUAAUCAGAGGAGUAUGGAAGGAAUAUCAGGAAGGCUCUUUCAGGUGAGACUAGACCUGCAUUCACAGAGAUUCUUGGUGAUACUUGCAUAUCAUCUGCCUACCUUAUACUAUGUUUCAUCAGUGCUAUUCACAUUUCAUUUUUGUGAAUGCUAGCAAUCUCAAAUUUCAAUGGAAAAGCUAUAAUAGUGUGUGUGUGGGGUGUUAAUAGUCUUUAAACUAUACUCAAAGAAAUAAUGAUUUAAGCUAAAUACUGAUUGGAUUGUGAGAAGUGCUGCUGUACAAUGAAUACUUACAUUUCAGGUUAAUGUGUGCUGAUUAUGCUAUCACUUCUAUUCCCUGUAUAAUUAGACCAGAUAAAGGUGUGAACCAAAUAUUGCUAUUCUUUAUUACGAGUAAAGCUAGUGUCCCAGUCUGACUGGCAAGAAGAACAGGUCUCUGAAAAUUAGGAAGAGUAAGAAGGUGAAUGAAGAUGGUACCAGAGCAUGACAGGAAUGGGAAGAGUCUGUAUGAA